AUCACGGCCUGGCUGGCUCUGCGGAGGAUAAAAGGGUGCGGGGCAUGGGGAGGGGGCACAGAAGCAGGUCGGCCUGUGCUCACUGCUCCGUGCUGCGCCGCAGACUGAGAGGAUGAGGCUCGCUGUCAGUGCCCUGCUGGCCUGCGCUGUCCUGGGGCUGUGUCUGGCUGUCCCUGAGAAAACUGUGAGAUGGUGUGCCGUGUCAGAUCAUGAGGCCAGUAAGUGCCACGGUUUUCGUGAUAACAUGAAAAAAGUCCUUCCAGAUGGUGUCCGAGUCACAUGUGUGAAGAAAGCUUCCCAUCUUGAUUGCAUCAAGGCCAUCGCGGCAAAUGAAGCGGACGCUAUAACACUGGAUGCAGGCUGGGUGUAUGAGGCAGGCCUGACUCCCAACAACCUAAAGCCUGUUGUGGCAGAAUUCUAUGGGUCAAAAGACAAUCCACAAACCUACUACUAUGCUGUCGCUGUGGUUAAGAAGGGCAGUGGCUUCCAGCUGAAUGAGCUCCGAGGCAAGAAGUCCUGCCACACAGGCCUGGGCAGGUCUGCGGGCUGGAACAUCCCCAUUGGCUUACUUUACUGUGACUUACCUGAGCCACGUCAGCCUCUUGAGAGAGCAGUGGCCAAUUUCUUCUCGGGAAGCUGUGUUCCCUGUGCGGAUGGGGACUCCUUCCCCCAGCUGUGUCAACUGUGCCCAGGCUGUGGCUGCUCCUCCCUUCAACCAUACUUCGGCUACUCAGGAGCCUUCAAGUGCCUGAAGGAUGAUGUUGGGGAAGUGGCCUUUGUCAAGCACUUGACCAUAUUUGAGAACCUGCCAAACAAGGCUGACAGGGACCAGUAUGAGCUGCUCUGCCUGGAUAACACCCGGAAGUCAGUGGAUGAUUUUGAGAACUGCCACUUGGCUAAGGUCCCUUCUCACGCUGUUGUGGCCCGAACUGUGGACGGCAAGGAGGACUUGAUCUGGGAGCUUCUCAACCAGGCCCAGGAACAUUUUGGCAAAGACAAAUCAGACGACUUCCAAUUGUUCAGCUCUUCUCUGGGAAAGGACUUGCUAUUUAAGGACUCUGCCCAGGGGUUUUUAAAGGUCCCCUCUAGGAUGGACUUCAGACUCUACCUGGGAUAUGAGUAUGUCACUGCUCUUCGGAAUCUACGGGAAGGCACAUGCCCAGAAACCUCAACGAAAGAAUGCACAGUGAAGUGGUGUGCAGUGAGCCACCAUGAGAGGCGCAAGUGUGAUGAGUGGACUGUUUACAGUGGAGGGAAAAUAGAGUGUGAAUCAGCAGAGACAACGGAAGACUGCAUCGCCAAGGUCGUGAAUGGAGAAGCUGACGCCAUGAGCUUGGAUGGAGGGUAUGUCUACAUCGCGGGCCAGUGCGGUUUGAUGCCUGUCAUGGCAGAGAACUAUGAGAAGUACGCAAAUAGCGAAACAUGUGUGGACAACCCAGAGAAAGGGUAUCUUGCUGUGGCAGUAGUAAAGAAAUCAUCUGCUGACCUCACCUGGAACACUCUGAGAGGCAAAAAGUCCUGCCACACUGCAGUGGACAGAACCGCUGGCUGGAACAUCCCCAUGGGCCUGCUCUACAAUGAGCUCAACCACUGCCAAUUUGAUGAAUUUUUCAGUCAAGGCUGUGCCCCUGGGUCUCCGAAAAAUUCCAGUCUCUGUGAGCUGUGUAUGGGCCCAAACCCCAACAAGUGUAAUGCCAAUAGCAAGGAGGGAUACUAUGGCUACACAGGAGCUUUCAGGUGUCUAGUUGAGAAGGGAGAUGUGGCCUUUGUGAAAGCCCAGACUAUUGAGCAGAACACUAAUGGAAGCAACACUGACCCAUGGGCUAAGGAUCUGAAGGAUAAUGAAUUUGAAUUGCUGUGCCUUGAUGGCACCAGGAAGCCUGUGUCUCAGGCUAAUAACUGCCACCUGGCCCGAGGCCCAAAUCAUGCCGUGGUCACACGGAAAGAUAAGGCAGCUUGUGUCCGUGAGACGUUACGUCACCAGCAGGGCGAGUUUGGACAUUUUGAACCUGACUGCUCGAAGAAGUUCUGUAUGUUCCAGUCUGAGACUAAGGACCUUCUAUUCAAAGAUAACACUGUAUGUUUGGCCACAAUUAAAGAUGACGUCACAUACAAAAAAUACUUAGGAGAAGAAUAUGUUAAGGCUGUUGGUAACCUAAGAAAAUGCUCAACCUCACCCAUCUUAACACGUAGGAACUACCACUCCCGUGAGGCUUCGCUCCCCGCGCCUGCGCAGAGCCCAGGGCCACGUCGCUUUUGCGGCGAGGGACCACGCGCCUCACCCAUGGCUUCCGCGGACUCUCGCCGCGUGCGGGAUGACAUUGGUGCCGGGGGCAGCUUCCAGCCCUACCUAGACUCCUUUCGGCAGGAGCUGCAGCAGACAGACCCGACGCUGUUGUCAGUAGUGGUGGCUGUUUUUGCGGUGCUGUUGACGCUGGUGUUCUGGAAGUUCAUCCGGAGCAGAAGGAGCAGUCAGAGAGCUGUUCUUAUUGUCGGUCUGUGCGACUCUGGGAAAACAUUGCUCUUCGUCAGGUUGUUAACAGGCCUUUACAGAGACACUCAGACAUCCAUUACUGACAGCUCUGCUACAUACAGAGUCAACAAUAACAGGGGCAACAGCCUGACCUUGAUUGACCUCCCUGGCCAUGAGAGCUUGAGGCUUCAGUUCUUAGAGCGAUUUAAGUCUUCAGCCAGGGCUGUUGUGUUUGUUGUGGAUAGUGCAGCAUUCCAACGAGAGGUGAAAGAUGUGGCUGAGUUUCUGUAUCAAGUCCUGCUUGACAGUAUGGUUCUGAAGAAUACACCGUCAUUCUUAAUAGCCUGCAAUAAGCAAGAUAUUGCAAUGGCAAAAUCAGCAAAGUUAAUUCAACAGCAGCUUGAGAAAGAACUCAAUACCUUACGAGUUACCCGUUCUGCUGCCCCCAGCACACUGGACAGUUCCACCGCUGUCCCUGUUCAGCUAGGAAAGAAAGGCAAAGAAUUCGAAUUCUCACAGUUGCCACUCAAAGUGGAAUUCCUGGAAUGUAGUGCCAAGGGUGGAAGAGGGGACACUGGCUCUGCUGAUAUCCAGGACCUGGAGAAGUGGCUGGCUAAAAUCGCGUGAGGGGCAGCUCCAAAGCACAAGACACGGAUAUGUGUGUGACUGAUUCAGUUUUGGGAAAAGGGCUAUGGUAGUCUUGGGUUGAUAAAGAAAAGGUACAAAAUGAGGUUAGAAACAUUUCCUUGUUCUUGAAACAAAUUACUGUUGAAACCA